AUUAUGUUUAGUCGCAGCUGAUGUGAUUUCAAUCACAUUUGUAAUUGUGAAGAGAAGACUUCAAAAACUAUCAUGUUGCGAUCCGAAACAUAGUUGUGAGCCUUUGCUUUUAAAAUCACGCGGACAAGGUUAUAAUUGUACUAUCUGAUUUUGGCAUACAAAUUAUGAGUGGGUGGAAUAUUUUUUCUGCACAUUAUGUCAAUCAUUUACUUUUGUUAAUUACAGUACUGUUUUUAACAGUUACACCCAAAUAGGUUAUUUACAUAAAAAUUAAUUUCAUGUAGGAUCCAUGAAUUGAAUUCCAGUAACUUAUUUAAAUGUAACUAGAAUAAAAAAGUAGUGGUGUUUUUAUUUUUUCAGGUAAAAAUAAAUUACUUGAUUUCUUCAUAUGCAAGUAAGAGUAAUGGUUAAGAAAAUGAUUUACAUAAAUUAGUGAAGGAAAACAUUUAUGCCCUGAGGUGAGCAGAGGAAUGGAUGAUGUUCAGAUACAAGGCAAAACCGCAAUCACUAGUGAGUCUCAAUCAUAAAAAACAAUGGAUGCUGUCACUUCCAACACCACACCCUUCUUCACCUCCUGCUUCAGCCACCACCAAUUCAUUCAAUGCAAUUAUCAACCGCCAUUCAACCCAAGGUGCUCACCGUCAAGUUCUCAUCACCUAUUCCUCCAUGCUCAAUUCACACAUCCCUUCUGACGCAUACACUUUCCCCAGUCUUCUCAAAGCAUGCUCCUCUCUCAACCUCUUUCACCUCGGCCUUACCCUCCAUCAACGCAUCCUCGUUAAUGGGUUGUCCACUGAUUCCUACAUUGCAUCUUCUUUGAUCAAUUUCUAUGUUAAAUUCGGGUAUUCUUAUUUUGCCCGCAAAGUGUUCGACUUUAUGCCUGACAAGAAUGUUGUACCUUGGACUACCAUUAUUGGGUGUUAUUCUAAAAUGGGCAAUGUUGAUGAGGCUUUUUCUUUGUUUCAUCAAAUGCGUUACCAGGGAAUUCAACCCAGUAGUGUUACUCUCUUGAGCUUGUUGUUUGGUGUUUCAGAGCUUUCUCAUGUUCAGUGUUUGCAUGGUUGUGCAACGUUUUUUGGGUUUAUGUCAGAUUUGAACUUGUCAAAUUCUAUGCUGAAUUUGUAUGGGAAAUGUGGAAGCAUUGCAGAUUGUAGAAAAUUGUUUGAUUGUAUGGAUCAAAGAGACAUUGUUUCAUGGAAUUCUUUGUUAUCUUCCUAUGCCCAGAUUGGUGAUGUAUGUGAAGUUUUGUUACUUCUUGAGACGAUGAAGGUACAAGGUUUGGAGCCUGGUUUACAGACUUUUGGGUCUGUGUUGUCUGUGGCUGUGUCAAGAGGUGAUAUGAGAUUGGGAAGAUCAGUGCAUGGCCAGAUUUUAAGAGCUGGUUUUGACUUGGAUGCACAUGUCGAAACAUCAUUGAUUGUAAUGUAUUUAAAAGGUGGGAACAUUGAUGUUGCAUUUAGAAUGUUUGAGAGGAGUUUAGAUAAGGAUGUAGUUUUGUGGACAGCAAUGAUCUCAGGUCUUGUGCAGAAUGAGAAUGCAGACAAAGCACUUGAUAUUUUCGAUCGGAUGUUGAAAUUUGGAAUGAAAUCAUCUACUGAGACUAUUGCCAGUGUGAUUACAGCUUGUGCUCAAAUGGGGUCUUAUAAUUUAGGGAGAUCUAUUCAUGGUUAUAUAGUAAGGCAAGAAUUGUCUUUGGAUACUGCUGCUCAUAACUCUCUUGUUACCAUGUAUGCAAAGUGUGGCCACUUCGAUCAGAGUUCUAUUGUAUUUGAUAAGAUGAGCAAAAGGGAUUUAGUUUCAUGGAAUGCUAUAGUUGCUGGAUAUGCUCAAAACGGCUAUGUAUGUAAGGCCUUUUCUUUUUUUAAUGAAAUGAGGUCUUGUCAGCUAAGACCUGAUUCAAUAACCGCUGUCUCCCUUCUGCAAGGGUGUGCGUCCACCGGGCAACUACACCCUGGAAAAUGGAUCCACGGGUUCGUAAUAAGAAAUGGUCUUAGGCCGUGCAUCGUGGUUGAUACUUCUUUGGUAGACAUGUACUGUAAAUGUGGUGAUUUGGAUACUGCUCAAAGGUGUUUCAACCAAAUGCCAGGUCAAGAUUUGGUUUCAUGGAGUGCCAUAAUUGCAGGAUAUGGUUAUCAUGGUAAAGGGGAAACUGCAUUGAGGUUAUACUCAAAGUUUCUAGAGAGUAGUAUUAAACCCAACCAUGUGAUUUUCCUCUCAGUUUUAUCUUCUUGUAGUCAUAGUGGACUUAUAGAUCAGGGCUUGAACAUAUACGAAUCUAUGACUAGAGAUUUUGGCAUUGCGCCAAAUCUUGAACACCAUGCUUGUAUGGUGGAUCUCCUUUGUCGUGCUGGGAAGGUCGAAGAGGCGUAUAACUUGUACAAGAAAAUGUUCUCAGAUCCUGUACUUGACGUGUUGGGCAUAAUCCUCGAUGCUUGUCGAGCAAAUGGUAAUGAUGAACUUGGUGAUACAAUUGCUAAUGAUAUUCUCAAGCUGAGGCCUAUGAGUGCUGGAAAUUAUGUACAACUAGCACAUUGCUAUGCUUCAAUAAACAAGUGGGAAGGAGUGGGUGAGGUAUGGACUCAUAUGAGAUCUCUUGGCUUGAGGAAAAUUCCUGGAUGGAGCUUUAUUGACAUACAUGGGACCAUCACUACAUUUUUCACAGAUCAUAACUCACACCCUCAGUUUCUAGAAAUAGUGAAUACAAUCAAAAUUUUGAGAAAGGAAAUGGACAUAAUGGAGGAAGUGGACAUUAGUUUUUGAAAGCAUCCACACUCAUCAUUAUAACAUACAUAUGCUGAAAAGCUAUUUAAACACUGAAUAUUUCCAAGAUUGGCUAGCACUCUUGAAUUGUGCAGUGCUUCCGAUAAAAAUUAUUUGAAAUAUUGAAUGGUCAAUUGGAGAUUUUGGGGGCUUGUGAAAUAAACUAUUUGGAUUUAUCCUAUAACAUAUUAACACUUGAAUAAGUGUUUUGAA